AUUAAGCUAUUUACUUGAUUAAUAGGUAUAAUAAGUAUACAUUUAUUUGUAAUGAAUUGUUUACACAUUACCGAUAUUGUAUCAAUAGUUUAAGUCGUGGUUUUAAAGACCGAUUAUCUAACUUCUUAUAAAAGGUCAGCAAAGAUUGAAGAUUAUUCUCAUUUAAAUAAGGAAUUAGCCCCAGCGUUCCUGUUCAAAUAAUAUAACAUUUAAAUCUAAUAUCGUAAGAUGAAGUUUUUAAAAAGUCAUACUUGAAAUCGAGGUGUGUAAUUCGAAUGCUAUCCUGUUAAAAAUAUUUUUCGCGAUAUGUACGGAAAAAAUGGACAUAAUUCAUGAUUUUAAAAUUUAAAGCGACAUGCCGUUAUUCACUAGACGUUCGCAGGCCUUUACAACUAUCUUUGGCUAUUCAACCGAGCCGGGCAACACUCGGGAGUCUAACGUCAGCAACUUCCGUUCACCGAAUCGGAGCCAACUUCGAAGUUUCCGUGUUCUGCCGUCAUAUCCGUCUCCAAAGCAACGAAGGGAGAUAACUUCGAAUGCCUCAGCGUCAUCUUUCCGAACCAGUUACGUUAUGGCAGACGAUUUUAGCGAUGACACCGAAUCAGACGACACUUCCGUUAGUAAUUUGUCGCGUGCGUUCUAUCGCCAGCGAACGCUUGCCAGAGGAAACUUUUGUGUUGACGAAAGUUCUGAUGAUGAGUCGAUUCCAAGUGAACCGGUGACAAACAUGACGUAUUCAUCAAUUCAUCUUACUCCACGAUCCCGGCAACCUAGAAAAGAGGCGUAUAGAUUUAAUGUAGAAGGAACUGGAGCGGUUACCUGCAUCAUGGACACAAGUGCAGGACAGUGCUGGAUAACUAGAUACAAUGAUAAAAUUUUACAUAUUUACCACAGAAACGGUCACAAGAAGGAAGCAAAAGCAAUCAGUGAAAAAAUUAACAUGAUGUGUAUGCGGCAAGAUAAAUGUCUCCUGGUUACACCACAGUUUUCAAGGAGUGUCUUCAAAAUGGCGCCAACUGGAAAAAUGACAAAUUUCCUAACUUUUGAGCUUGAAGUCGGUGGUUUUUGUUGCACAAGUAGAAACGAAAUUCUUAUUACAACAACUCCAAUACAAAAAUCUCAGAAGAAAGGGCCAAGGCCUCGUAAAACGCCGUCCAUUCUCCGCUUCAGUCAGUCUGGUGAUAGACUUUGGGAAAUCAAGGUUAAGGGAACUGAUCCCUUUGUCAGACCGUCCAAAAUUAAGGUCAAUAUCAAUGGGGAUAUUUGCGUGUUAGACCACGAAACUUCAAAAGAGCAUUUAGUUAUUCUUGCUCCCGAUGGCGAGGAAAAGAAACGCUAUUAUGGUAUACAAGACAAAGUAUUAGAUCACCCAUUUGAACCCAAGGAUAUUUGCUGCGACAAGAAUGGAUUUAUAUAUAUACCGGAUGUACGUAACAGUGCCGUGCACGUGCUAGACAAAACCGGACACUUUCAUCACUUUUUGUUUACCAAAGAUGAUGGGAAUAAAUUCCCGUGUGCCAUUGCAUGUGAUUCCGACAAUUUCGUAUGGGUGGGAUUAUCCUCCGGUGCUAUUCGUGUCUAUAAAGCCGACCAGAAAGCAAACGCAAAGUGAUUCAUAUAAAAUCGGAUUAGUUUUUAGUUGGCAGCAAUCCUUUUGAAGUACGCGUGGCAUUUAAACCGAAUUUGAAUCGAUUUAACAAAUGCUUAUAACUUUAGAAAUAAUCAUAUAUUUAGGUUUGAACAAUGUAUUUAAAUACAUAACUUGGAAGAAUUUGAAUAGUUGCCGGUAGGGUUAUCAAUAUUUUUUGUAAUGUUAUGAUAAUAACUAUUGCAAUGUCAUUGAUAACUGGUUGUCAUGUUAUCAAUAAAAGUUAUGAGGAUAUUAAAAUAAUUAUUACAAAAAUAAUUGUUGCAUUGCUAUUAAUAAU